CAUGGCGACCCGCGUUGGCGCAGCGGCCGCGCUGGGCCACUCGGCUCUACGCGCCCUGAAGCCGGUGGUAAGCCGGUGCGCAAGACCGCCGACAGCUCCGUUCGUUCCGCGUCGUUUCGCUCAUGGCGUCCGGAGCAGUCUGUACGAGCACGUCCGCGAAGGCUACAGCGACAAGCCGGACCUGGACAUGCGGCUGCUGUGUGACGAGGUGGACAAAGUCAUUGGCAACGUGGAGAGCAGGAAAGGAGAUCUGCGAGCGGACGAUGUCCGACAAAUUGUUUGUGUGUGGCAGCAGCUCCAAGCAAUAAGAGGGGAUAUUUUUGAAUUAGAAGAACAAAAGACACAAAUCAGCAGCGCAGUCAGAGCACUAGUGAACAAAAAUGACAAGAAGAGCCUCGCAAAUCUUCCAGAAUACAAUGAGGCUCGCCAGGAAGGUCGAGAGAUCCGCACAAGGCUGAGUCAGCUCUACCUUAAGGAGAAGGAACUGGAACAGACGCACUACGAACGAGCACUCAGACUGCCCAAUACCACACACCCUGAUGUGCCAGUUGGAGAUGAGAGCCAAGCAAAAGUGGUUGAAGUUGUUGGACAAAAGCCAGUGUUUGACUUCGAACCCAGAGGCCAUUUGAAACUAGGGGAGCAUCUGGGCCUUAUCAGACAGAGGCAUCUAGCUCAUGUUUCAGGUCACAGGUCAUACUAUCUGAGGGGUGCUGGAGCCAGACUACAGACUGCUUUACAGAACUUUGCCCUGGACAUGUUGCAGCGGCGGGGCUUUAUUCCAAUGAUUGUACCGGACAUGCUGAGGGGCGCCGUGUUUGAGGGAUGUGGGAUGCAGCCCAACGCUCAUCAGUCUCAGGUCUACUCACUGGACCAAACCCGCUUCCCUGACCUCAACCUAGCUGGAACUGGGGAAGUGGGGGUGGCAGGUUACUUUAUGGACCAUGCCGUGAACUUGAAGGAUCUGCCUGUCAGGACAGUCUGCAGCAGCACGUGCUACAGAGCAGAGACCGACACGGGUAGAGAGACAUGGGGGCUCUACAGAGUCCAUCAUUUUAACAAGGUGGAGAUGUUUGGUGUAACAGCGAAUGAGACAGGAGAAGAGAGUCAUCAGCUCCUGGAGGAGUUCCUCUCUCUGCAGAAGGAGAUCUUCUCCUCUCUGGAACUACACUACAGAGUCUUAGACAUGCCAACACAGGAACUGGGUGCUCCAGCCCACCGGAAGUAUGACAUUGAAGCUUGGAUGUCAGGGAGGAAUAGCUAUGGAGAGAUCUCCAGCGGAUCCAACUGCACAGACUACCAGAGCAGGCGCCUCAACAUUCUGUAUGAGUUAGAGGACGGCAGUCUGCAUUAUGCGCACACAGUGAAUGCUACAGCGUGUGCCAUCCCCCGGACUAUUAUUGCUAUCCUGGAGACUCACCAGACCAAAGAAGGAACAGUGCGAGUACCCCAGGCCUUGCAGCCGUACUUGGGUCUAGAAGUAAUUGAGAAGCCAAACUACACUCCGCUGAAAUACAUUGGACCCAAUCAGACUAGCCGCCCACCCAGGCCUGUUCCAAAGACCAGAUGACACACACAAAUGUGGAGACAUGAAACCAGUACUGUGUAACAAGCAUACUCAACCACCAAAGUGGGAGCAAGUUAUAUCACAACUCUGUCAAUUUAGGAAGUAUUUUAUUUUUU